AUGACGUGGCUCGGAAGCUUCGACACCGCCGAGGAGGCCGCCAGAGCCCACGACGCGGCGGCCGUCAAGCUGUACGGCGACGAGGCCAAAACCAACUUCAAGAAUCCCGAGGCUUUUGUCUCUGUUGCUGAGGAGGACAACGAGAUGCACCCGAAGAAGAAGAAGGCGCCGGCGGCGGGGAAAGCGAUCAGCUUGGAAGUCCAGGGCGGAAGGAAGGCGACGACCAGGGCUAACUCCAACUCUCGCCCGGCGUCCCGCGGCGUCUACCUGAGUGGGUGCAAGUACGUCGCGCGGAUUUGGGACCCGGUGCAGCGAUCCAAGCUGUGGCUCGGCUCCUUCGACACGGCCGAGGAGGCCGCCGGAGCGCACAACGCCGCGGCCCUCAGGCUGCAGGCCGCGGCGCCCACCGCCAAAACAAAAGCUCGGUCGGGGUUCCGCGGCGUGUAUCCGCGUGGGAGCAAGUACAUUGCGCAGAUAAAGGACCCUGUGCAACGAACCAAGCUGCGGCUCGGAACCUUCGAGACCCCCGUGGAGGCUGCCAGAGCGUACGAUGAGGCGGCCGUCAGGCUGUACGGCGCGACUGCUGUUACAAACUUCGAGGAAGGAUCCACGGCCGGUACUGCCAAUGACGGCGCGGGUGCUGUCAACGAAAAACAACCCAUGGCCGCCGCCGCUGCUUCCAAUGACGGCACGGAGUCGUCCAUGGACCCCCUCAACGACUCCCUGGAUCUGCCGUCUAUCGAUUUCCUCUCGGACAGCGUCAUCCAAGGCGGCGUGCAGCUCGACGAUUUCUGGGCCGACCUGCCGUCGGCGGAGUGGCAGCAAGUGGAAGAGUUCCUAGAUGACAUGGACCUCACCAAUUGUAAGUGA